AUGUUUUCAAAUCAGUUCCGUUCAGUUGAUUAUCAAUUGCGUAUUUGUGACCAUGUCUAUCAAUUGAAGGACAAAGAUCCACAUCCAUCUGGUGGUUUCAUGAACUACUUCAGAAAUCAGCCACACAACUUUCAUUUGGUUGGUCAACCUAUUCACAACAGCCCUUUGAAUAAACUGUCCACCAACAAUGAUGCAAGUUCACAGCCUGAAGUAGAAAUACUUGACAAUGACAAUGUUAGGACUGAGAAGAGGAUCCUAUGGACAGAGGAAGAGGAUCUUAGAUUGAUGAGCGCUUGGAUAGAACAUUCAACAGACUCUACCUGUGGAGCCGAUAAGGGUGGUAACCAGUAUUGGGGUGAGGUUGUUGAAUCCUACAACAAGACUACCCCACCACUUCGAAAGAGAAAUCUGAAGCAAUGCAAGGAUAGAUGGCACAAGAUUAAUAGGUGGACAGACCUCUUUGAAUGUGCUUAUGUAAAGGCUCGUAGAGUAUUUACAAGUGGAUAUUCCGAUCAAAUGUGGAUUGAUGCAGCCCACAAGUUCUAUGUGGAGGACAACAAAGAUGCAAAACUAGGACCCUUUGUUGGGAUUGAGGUUUGGAAAAUUUGUCGAGAAGUGUCAAAGUGGAAAACAUACAAUGAAGAGCUGAGGAAUGCACGUAAAAGGAAAUCAUUUCACCUUGAAGAAGAAAGGGAUCAGGGAAGUGAUGAAAGUUUGGAAGAGAUGCCAAAUCGACCAAUGGGUCAGAAGGCAGCUAAAAAGGCAGCUCUAGCAGCAAAAGGCAAGUCAAAAGGCUCCAGCAGCGAUGAUGGUAACUCAAAGGAAUCUGCUAUUGAUCUAGAUAAAUUAGGUAGGUUUAGCAAAAUUCAGGAGGAAACAAAUGCAAACCGUAUGAAGAUAUUGGAACUGCAACAGAAGCUAUCAUCUGAGAAGCUUGAGACCACAAAAGUUGCCCAUCUUACUGCACAAGAGACCAAAGAGGGAAAGAAGCUUGAGAAAGAAUCAAAGAUGAUGGAGGCUUAUAACAGCCUCAUCUUACAAGAUACAAGUUCAAUGUCUGAUGUGGAAAAGGCGGAGCGAGUUGCUGCCAUGAAGUGUCUUAGGAAGGCCCUUUUUCCUGAAAGUGACUGAACAGGUACUGCAGGCGAGUGCCUAUGCUAGAAGCCUAGAACAGAAGGGAUGCAGAACCUGGGAAGAGUUUGAGCAACCUGUCAUCUGAGUGCUAUCUACUAUUUACCUGAAUUUUAUGUACUAGUGAA